AUGGCCGACCCGGAUGUCGCCGUAGCGGCCGAUUCCCUUUGGAAUUUAUCCUCUUCUUCGAAUCCUAAUGUAACCUCUUCUGCUUCAGCAGCCCCACACACAUCAGCAGCCUCUUCAUCAGCUUCAUCACUUUCUGGAGCGGGAGCUGUAGGGGAAGUAGGAGAGACUGCAAUCCCAUCAAGUUUCCUCGGCACUUUGGUGCCGGUUCGUCGCACAUUCAUAGAGGAAGUCCCCGAAGAUCUGCGAUGCCCCAUAUGCUACGAUGGGGCCGCCAACUGCAGCACUCGUUGCGGCCAUUCUUUUUGUCUGCACUGUCUUUACAGCCACAUAACUACACGCAUCAUUCACCAACAGUCUACCGCCUGUCCGCUGUGCCGGUCGGCAAAUGCAGGCCUAGGAGUCAGCACCAUUUCCGGGGAAAAGUCAGCCAGAACACGUGCCUUGCGCGUUCGUUGUUUGGGCUAUGAAGGAGGCUGCCAAGUAGAGGGGCCUCUCUCAGAGGUAGAGAAGCACGAGACCAUUUGCCCGACUGUGCUAAUUUUCUGCAGAUUCAGAGACGCAGGCUGCAGCACUCCUGUGCUUCGAAAGGAAGCGUCUCUUCAUGAAAACCGUUGUCGGUUCAACCCGGCCGUGCGUUGCUGCCGGCACUAUCUCUCUGGCUGCAAAGUCCGCGGUAUAGAGGAGUUGCUGCAGACGCACGAGCCCCGCUGCAGGUACCGCAACAUGCAGAAGUUCGUCAAUUGCCGCCAUAUAGCCCUUGGAUGCGGCCUCCGCAUUCGAAAACAGUACAGAGAGAGGCAUUCUGACUGCUGCGCCUUUAAAAUACUACAUGAAUUCAAGCUCAGAAGGAACCAGCAGCAACAGCAGCGGCAGCAGCAAGAGGACGACCAACAGAGCGAAACAGCUGAGUACAGUGGCAAUUUCGCAAGUGAUGGGAAUGUCAUUCAGACAACAGCAACAACUGUGGAACGUGCAGAUGAUACGACGGCAUCCAGGGCAGCACCAGCAGUUGGCGAAUGUGCCGAUCUGUGCCUUGCACUCCAGUGGGCCUCCCCUCGAGCCCUAUCGGAAGAUAUUCUGCUGGGAUGUUUAAGCAACUUUCUGCCCAAUGUUUCGAGUAUUAGCGAGGGACGCUUUCCAGGGGAGUUCCACGUCGUACUUAAAGAGGUGCCGCUGCUUGCUGUUCGCUCCAUAGGGAUGGUGGGUGACCCCAACAUGAGCUCUAAUCUAUCUACACUGGGGCUUCUUUUCAAGGGGCUCACCACUGUCCAGUCUGUGCAGCUGUAG